AUGCCGAGCACCAACGGCAGCGUCACCAACAAGCAGCUCAAGGAGUCCAAGCUUCCCAAGCUGCCCAUCCCAAAGCUCGAGGACUCGUGCAAGCGGUACCUACGGGCUCUGGAAGGUCUUCAAGAUCCUGCCGAACAUGACAAGACGAAGAAGGUCGUACAGGAGUUCUUGACGAGUGGAGAGGGGGCCAGAUGGCAGAAGCGGCUCGAAGAGUACAAUGAAGGCGUGGAGAGCUACAUUGAGGAGUUCUGGUAUGAGAGCUACUUGAACUUCGCCGACUCGGUUGUUUUGAGCUUGAAUCCAUUCUUCGUCCUAUCCUCGGAUGUCACACCUAGAUCGAACCCUCAGCUAGCUCGUGCCGCCUCCCUCAUCCUCUCGUCACUCUUCUUCAUCCACGAUCAGCGGAAUGGACUGCUCCAGCCGGACGCCGUACGAGACACACCGCUCGACAUGAGCCAAUACGAGCGGCUGUUCGGGGCAUGUCGUGUACCUACAGAGCGCGGGUGUCAGAUGCAAAUGCACAACGAGAGCAAACACGUCGUCAUCAUCCGUCGCGGACAGUUCUACUGGUUCGACUGCCUGGACUCGAAGUACCGUCCCCUCCUGUCUGACCGAGAAAUCUUGACCAACCUCGAAGCUGUCGUCCGUGAUUCCGACAAGACUCCAGUACAAGAGGUCGCCCCCAAUGCCCUUGGUGUUCUGACCACCGAAUCACGCAAGAUCUGGUCCAGUCUCCGGAAUCAGCUCAUCACAUCCAACAAGUCCAAUGCGGCCUCGCUGGAGAAGAUCGAGUCGGCGCUGUUCGUGGUCUGUCUAGAUGACUUUGCGACGGAAGACCUGGGCGAGCUGUGCGGGAACUUCCUGUGUGGAAGCUACGCGCUCGAGGGAGGCAUUCAGACGGGGACCUGUACAAACAGGUGGUAUGAUAAGCUGCAAAUCAUAGUCUGCAGCAACGGCGACGCUGGAGUCAAUUUUGAGCAUACGGGUGUAGAUGGUCACACUGUCCUCCGUUACGCCGCCGACGUGUACACUGAGCUGGUUCUACUGUUCGCGAAGACCAUCAACCCCUCCACCCCAUCCUUGUUUAAAGCUCGUCCCUCCCCCUUCUCCCGCGCCGGCCGAUCCAAGAACAAGGGCAAAUCAAACGACGAGCCUGACGAGGAGUACGAUACAUCGCCCAAGAAGCUCGAGUGGAAGCUUACGCCCGACCUCCGCGCGGGCGUCCGGUACGCCGAGACUCGCAUCUCUGAUCUGAUCUGUCAGAACGAUAGCCAGGCGCUCGAAUUUAAGGGAUACGGAAGUGCCUUUAUCAAGCGGCACGGGUUCAGUCCGGAUGCGUUUGUGCAGAUGGCGUUCCAGGCGGCUUACUAUGGGCUGUACGGGCGCGUGGAGUCGACUUAUGAGCCAGCUAUGACCAAGGCAUUCUUGCAUGGUCGGACGGAGGCCAUCCGGACGGUCCAGCCAGAAAGUGUCAACUUUGUCAAGACCUUCUUGUCCGAGACUGCUAAGCCAGAGGAGAAGAUCGCUGCGCUCAGAGCAGCUUGCAAGCGUCAUACUCAGCUCACGAGGGAUUGUUCGGCCGGGCAGGGGCAGGACCGGCACAUGUACGCCAUGCACUCUCUCAUCCAGCGGGAUAUCCAAGCGCAGCGUGCGGCCAAGGAGAACGUCAAAGGCAGUGGCGACGGUACCUCGUCUCGACGAUCAAGCGACCACGAGCGCGAUCCCGAUACUAUGACUGUACCCGAGAUCUUCACUGAUCCGGGGUAUGGUCUGCUCGGGACCAGCGUAUUGUCGACAUCGAACUGCGGCAAUCCUGCGUUGAGACUAUUCGGUUUUGGGCCUGUCACUCCAGAAGGCUACGGGAUCGGCUACAUUAUCAAAGAUGAAGGGAUCUCUAUCUGCAUGUCGUCAAAACACCUCCAGACACGCCGACUCCUCUCGACUCUUCAAGCAUACCUCCUGCAGGUCCGGACAAUGCUCAUUGCCCUCUGGAAGGAUGCGAACGAGGCGCCUCAGCACUGGGUGGACCAUACCGGGACGUUGAGGGAUGCGAGGACCGGCAAGCCCAUCACGGUGGAGAAUGACGAUGAAGAGGAGGAGGAGAUGUUGAGCGGCUUUGGCUUCUUUGACGUUGGGGCGAAUGAUGGGGCUGCGCAGGCUAAGCGGAGGAGACCGCAGAUCGGUGAGUCGCUUCUGAUGCCCGCGCGGUGA